UUCUCCACCUCCCAGCAGAUCAAGGUGUGUCAUUUAGACAGAGGCUUUCCUGCAUUCUGCCUCUACUCCUUGCUGACCCAGCCACCAGCAAGGUUGCCUGAUCUACAGAGAGAGAAAAGCAGUUGGACAGAAGGUCUACCCCCUGCCUAGAGGGCUGAGAAAGGAGCAAGGGUACAGAAAGGCCAAAUCCUCCCUCUACACAAUGGAAACAGGGUUUGCUGCAAGGACCAAUGGUGUGGCUGGGAACCAAGAAAAUGUGACUUGUCCUUCCCCCCCUAAGAAAGAUGGACAGGAGCUAAAGAAGUCCACCAGUCCCAGUGGGGGCGAGAAGGAAGGUGCCCAAAGCACCAGCAGUCCUUCUCUUGAGACGGGGAAACUGAAGAGCUCCAUCUACUCGGGGACUGACUGGAAGAGGCCAAUCAUCCAGUUUGUGGAGUCUGAUGAGAAGAAGUCAACCUACUUCAGCAUGGAUUCAGGGGACGGGAAGAAACCAUCAUACCCUGGGGUGCAGCUUGGGGAUGUGAGUCGACCCCCCAUCUCCUUUGUAGACAAAGGGGACUUGAGGAAACCACUCUUCUUUGCAGAGUCAAAAAAGACCUUCUCCAGUGAAGGAGAGGGAAGGAGGUCAUUGUACUCAGGCGGGCAGACAGGGGACCUGAAGAAGCCCUCACUCCCUCUGGUGGAGACAGGGGACCUGAAGAGACCUAGCUACAACACGGCCAACAGAGUGCCCGGGUCGAGACCCCGGGUGAAGCUGGAGGAGGUCCUGUGCGACUCCUGCAUCGAUAACAAGCAGAAGGCGAUGAAAUCCUGCCUGGUGUGCCAGGCUUCCUUCUGCGAGCUGCACCUCAAGCCCCAUCUGGAGGGGGCUGCUUUCCGGGAUCACCAGCUGCUGGAUCCCAUCAAGGACUUUGAAGCCAGGAAGUGCCCGCUGCAUGGCAAGACCAUGGAGCUGUUCUGCCAGACAGACCAGAUGUGCAUCUGCUACCUCUGCAUGUUCCAGGAGCACAAGAACCACACCACAGUGACGGUGGAGGUUGAGAAAUCGGGGAAAGAGGCUGAGCUCUCACUGCAGAAGGAGCAGCUGCAGCUGAAGAUCAUAGAGGUAGAAGAUGAAGUGGAUAAGUGGCAAAAAGAGAAGGAUCGCAUCAAGAACUUCACCACCAACGAGAAAGCUACUGUGGACCAGCAUUACAAAGAGCUGGUCCGCGACCUGGAGAAGCAGCGGGAUGAGGUGAAGGCUGCCCUGGACCAGAGGGAAAAGACCGCAGUGGAGAAUAUAAAAGAAAUCGUGGAGGAGCUAGAAGAGAGGGCAAAGCUGCUGCAGGAGGACAAAGAGACCAGGGAGCAGAUACAUCAGAUCAGUGACUCGGUGCUCUUUCUGCAGGAAUUUGGCGCAAUGAUGAGGAACUAUAUUGCCCCGCCGUCUCUCCCGACUUACAGCGUCUUGCUGGAUGGGGACACCAUGAGCCCAUCGAUGGGGCUCCUCCGGGAUGAUCUGCUGAACGUCUGCAUGAGACACGUGGAAAAGAUCUGCAAGGCAGACCUCAGCCGGAACUUCAUAGAGAGGAAUCACAUGGAGAACGGUGAUCACCGCUACAUGCUCAAUAACUACGAGUGGAGCCAGCCUGACAAUGUGAAGAGAUUCUCCAUGUUCCUGACUCCAAAAGCCAAUUUCAACAACCGAGCAUGGGAAUAUUCCUCCUUCCAAACCACAGAGGAGACACUUGGCGUCGGUAACCCUGCUUUCUCAAUGAAAGUGGGCAGUGGAACUAAGAUGCCAUAUCAGUUCUCCCAGAUAGGGCAAAGUUCACCUGGUGACUUCAGCAAACAGUCGGAUGGAACCCUCUUCACUAAGACUGCUUACCCUGCAAUAGUGAGACACCAAGCUACAAAGGUGCAGCCGCAGACAUGGAAAUCCUCCAAGCAGUCCAUGCUGUCACACCACCGCCCCUUUUACGUCAACAAAGGCAACGGAUUAACUUCAAAUGAGGCACCUUGAAUCCCGCUGUUCAUGGGAAAAGCCAGAUGUGCCGGGAAUGGAGAACCAACCAAGAAUUUUCACAUAUGAACUUGCUACUAUAUUAAACUUCCUGCUCUAAUCUCUGGAGGGGCUGGAUAGGGUGGUCGGUGCUAGAGGAAAUGAGGACUUUUCCCAACUCAUAAUCAGUCCCAGGACCGUUUUAUAUUUCCCUUGAAAGCUCUGCUGCCCCGGAGAACUGUAACAAGCACAACCCUUGUAGAUUUCUUAUUCCCUGUCUUGCAACACCCUCCUCUGCCUGCAGAGCAGAUUGCUCUACUCCUCCUACGUGCUUGGGGGAAGGUGGGAUCUUGGAUAUGGUAUGCACUGAGCCCUUCCCCUCCAUAAUAUCAUACCAUGUGCUUCCUGCUCUCCCAACCACAUAGUCAUCACUGAAUGAAUUUGUAGAGCUGGUGAAAGGUGCCAAGUUGGAGUCUGAAGUGCUCUUUGAAUCUACAAGGCAGGGUCAUCCUGGGAACUGGCAGGCCAAGCUUUGUCUCCUCCAUCCACCUGCCUCAAACCUAAUUUGCAGACGUUCCCCCCUCCCCCAGUGGGAAGGGCAGCUCUGUCUCUGUGAACCACUCAAUCCUUGGCCUCUCGAUGGAGACACUUCCCCUUGCCAGUGUCCAGUGGUUACCACAUGGUGGACACUGCCUCUGCCCUAAGGAGAGCUCUGAGUCCCACCCACUCCUCUCACAGUGGCCACCAAAGAUGCAUCGGACUGUAACCACUUCCAGUCACU